UUUUCAGUACACUUGACUAUCUGUUUCUGAGUUUUGUAUUUAGUAAAUAGAAAAUUGGCAUAUUAUAUGUGUGUAUGUGCUGACUGAAUCACAAUGUCAGAAGAAGAAGUGACUCUGAAUGGAAAGAGAUUAAAGGAAUUAAAAGUUAGUGAAUUGAAAGCGGCAUGUAAAGAGAAAAAUCUACCAUCUGGUGGGAAUAAGUCAACUUUGAUAAAGAGACUCAAUGCGGCUAUUGAGCUAGAAAAUCUCAAGAAAGCUGCUCAAAGUUCUCCUGGUGCUGCCACAUUUCCAAGUUCAGAGAUUGCAGGCGAUUCGGGGGAGAAUGACUUUAUCAAGCAAUAUAUGGAAAAUCAAAGAAAACUUCUGCAAAGCAGUCGUUUUUCAUCAACAUCAGAGGCAGAUUCAGAAGAUGAUUCAUCAUCUCAUAAAAGUUCUUCAAUCGUGUCUCCUCUUGUCCCUCGUAGAUCAAGGAGACUCACCACUGAAAGUAACCAGAGCUUAAAUAAUAAAGAAGAAAUUCAGCAAGAAACUGAUCACGGCCAUGUAGAACGAGAAUCAACAACAACAGUGCAAGCAACUUUAAAAUCCACAACUGAACAGCUAGAAACCCCAAACAAAGUUGAAGAAGAUUUUACUACCAACAAUAAGAAAGAAGAGCCAACAGAUGAAAAAGUUUCAACCAAAGAUAAUGUACAAGAGGAAGAGAAUAUUGCAAACCAUAUGGAACAGAAUGCAUCUGUGGAACACGAUUUUGCAGAAAAGCAAGAAGAGUCGAGCGACCAGAACAAGGAAAAAGAAAAUACCGCAAUGGAUGUUGGAGAGAAACAAAUUCAUGAAGAAGAGGGAAAAAAAUCACCAGGGCAACAAAUUAACGAAGGUGAAAAACAUGAAGAUCAAGAACCAAUGGCGGAAGCACAACUACAGAAAGAUAGCGAGAGCAAAACUGAUGAACAAGAGAAAACAGAAGAGACACGAAAAAAAGAAGAAAUUCCACAAAAAAGCGAUGACAAUGUAGAAAAAAUGGAAAAUUCUGAGAGCGUUUGUAAAGAGCCUGUUCCUAGUACUGAAGCCGAACAACAAGAAGACUUCAUUCAAACAGAAAAUGAGGGAAAAUCUGAAGAAACUAUACAACCAAAUGAUGAAAAUAAAAUUGAAGAGUCUGAUGAAAAUAAAGAAAAUGUGGAAAUGGAAGUGAAGGAAACACCCGAGACUAAUAAUGGAUCAAAUGAGGAAACUGAGGAAUCAAACAUUGUGACAAUAACAGAAGAAACUGUUGUUGACGUUGAUGAAAUUGUUUGUCAAGAAGAAGAAUUAGAUUAUGAUGAAAACGAUUCCACAAUUCAUGAUAAAUCAGAGACUUCAAUACAGAAACCUGAUUCUCCUGAACCUGAGAGCACUGGACGAAGCAGUCGAAGGCUGAAGUUGAAUAAACAUGGCAAGAAGGAUAAAAAAGAGAGAAGAAGAUCAAGAUCAGAUUCGAGAAAGGAAGAGGAAAAAAGUAGGAGAGAACAUAAUGAAGAUUAUCACAAAGAAGCAAGAAAUGAUGAUGAAAAAACAAAGAAUGAAUCAGGAACUAGAAAACGAAGAAAGAUUUCUACAACUUCAGCCUCAAAACCAGAAAAAGAAAAAACACCAGAACCAGUCGAAAAGAAGAUUCGCAAGCGAAUCAAGCGUAAAUCAAUUGAAACUGAAAAACCAUCCCCUGAAGAUGAGAUAACUGAAGAUCAAAAAACAAAAGAUGAAAUUGACGCUGAUGGCUCUAGGGAUAUUAAUGAGGAACCAAUGGAGGUUACAGUGGAACAAGAAGAAAUUGAAGAAUUACCAGAAACAAAGGAGAAAACACCUGAACCAGGACCGAAACCAAUUCCAUUCCGAAGAUUGAGUCUGAAGAAAUCAUCAACAACAUCUAGUAAAGAAGAAGCGAAACCCAGAAAGAGAAGAUGGGGAUCAAAGAAAGUUACAACUAACGAGACUGUUCACAUCAGUUCUGAUUUGAUCAAGGAUUUGGUCGAUGUCAAACCAGAGGAAUUACGUAAAGCGAUGGAGGAUCAAGAUGUUUUAAUGGAGGAAGAACCGGGAGAAUUAGUAGAAGAAGAAGAGGAAGUCAGUGAAGUUAUCGAUAUUACGAUGGAGGAAACUCAUGCUGAAACAAUUUCCAGCUCACCUGAAGGUGAAAAAUCACAAAAAGAAGGAGAAGAAGAUGGAGAGAUAGUUGAGGAAGAAGAGGUUGUUGUUGAGGAGGUUGUUGAAACUGAAUCAGGAGAAGAAUCUCAUCAACCUAUCACACAACAUGAUAACAGAAAAGAACGUGAGUUGCUUGAAAGGUCUUUGCGAUCGAGAAAAAUAAAAAGGAGAGAAAACAUGUCUGAAAAAGAGAAAAAGUUUCGAGAAGAUGUUGAGAGAAGUUACAUUCCUCCAGAUUUGUGGGAGUGGAUACAGACAGAUCAUUCGCAAAUUGUUAGUUCCAAAUCUCAGAGACGUGUUGAAGAAAAAAGUGAAACAAAAGUUCGUAAAUCAUCAAGCAAUGAACAGAAGAAAGCAGUUAAAGAGGGUGACAUAGUUUCCGAGAAGAAAAAAGACAGACACUCAAAGAAAUCAACCAAUACCAAUGUGACAGUCACUCGUAAAACAAGCCCAAAAGAACCAACACCUCCUCCUGAGCCGAGGGACGUCAGUCCUGCUCGUCAGGCUCAAUCAAACAUCAUUCACGUAAAAAAUUUGGUCAGACCAUUCACUGUCAACCAAUUGAAAUCAUUGUUGGGAAAAGUUGGAAAAAUAAUUGAAGAUACUUUUUGGAUCGACAAAAUUAAAUCACACUGUAUUGUGACUUAUGAAAAUGAAGAAGAAGCAGUGAAUGCAAGAAAAUGUUUGCAUGGUAUAACAUGGCCAUCUUCUAACCCCAAGAGACUUUUUGUUGAUUACUGUAGUGAAUUCCAGUCAAAUCAUUUUCGUGGCAUACCAAACAAAGUCGUUCCUUUGAUGGAAAUUGAUGGACCGGAGCAAAAGUCCAAAAGUGAGAAUGAAGAGAGAAGAGGAAAAGAUGAAGUGAGAGACGGCCGACGAUCUGCUCCUGAAGAUGACAGGCGUAGACGUGAUAAAGAUAGGAAUGGAUCUGACAGACACAAGAGUUCAGGAACUUCACCAAAACGUCGCAGAGAAGACCAACGCAGGACUAGUCCUGAUCGUAAUCGUCAUGGUGAUGAGAGAAGAUCAGGAAGAAGAGAUGAUCGUUCACAACCUCUGAGAGAGUGGGAUAGAGACAAGUUGGAUCAGGAAACUGAGCAUCGACGACAAAUGAGAGAAAAAGAACGAGAAAAACGUACUUCACCUCGAAGAGAGGAAGAAACGCGUAAACGCAAAGAAGCGAAAGAAGCAAAAGCUGACGAACAACCCGCGAAACUGCUUGAUGAUCUUUUCCGCAAAACAAAAGCAACACCUUGUAUUUAUUGGCUGCCACUUACUGAUGAACAAGUUGAAACUCGACUGAAAGAGCGAGAGGAACGCAGACAAGCGAGAGCCAAAGCUCGCAAAGAAAUGGAGGAGGAAGAAACAAAAAGGAAAGCUAAGCUUGAAGCAGAGAGGAAAGAAAGAUCGGCAAGAUCACCUGAUCGAAGACAGUCUGGAGGAAGAGUUAGACGUGACAGCACAAAUGAUCGAAGACAGGACAAUGGAAGAAGACAAACGGAUCGAAGUCGUGAAAGAUCAAAGAACGAUCAAGCAUCCAAAAAAAAGAGUCCGAGUCCCAAAGCUAGAGGAGGACGAGAAAAGCCUAAAGCAGAAUCUUCAUCUGAUUCUUCGUCUUCAGAUUCCUCAUCUGAUUCGGGUUCAGAUUCUGACGAUUCUGAUUCGGGGAAGUCAUCUGGAUCACCAAGUCCGAAGAAACCUUGAAUUGUUGAUUUUCCAGCAAGUUCACGACAAUCAUGUAACGAUAUUCAAGGCUAAUUUAUGUAGCCUCGCAUACAUCAAUGAAGCGUUCGGAUCAGCUAAAGCUCGUUGGAUUUCAAAUGAUAAGUUGUGAUUUUUAAGAUAUGUUAAAAGAUGAGUAUCAUCCAAUGAUUGUAUUUUGUUACCAGUUUUCAUACUCAAGUAAUUUUUAGAGCUUCAGCAAUCCCAAUUUCCUAAAGCAAUUAUUUUCAUUGUUUUGUCGUAGGUUUUUUUCGAUUGUAAUUUUAAAAUUGAAUUUCUGGUUUAAGAUGUGAUAUGUUAGAUAUAUAGAGAUCCUACACACAUAAAUAGAAAUGAUUGUUUGGCAUUGUUUUGUGGCUCAAACAAAUUUUGUGGGCAAUUUCAUUUGUUUGAAUUUGGUGUUUUUAAACAACUUCAUGCCAGUUUAUCAUAGAUCUCAAUGAUUUUUAAAUAAAUUUUGUGUACAAAAAAUG